CUAGCUCUUAGCCGCUUGUUUACCGUUUGUCUGCACGCACUAUUCAACCGUUGUACUUGAGUUUGUUGCGUGUCAUCGUCUUGACAAUGGUGCGCGAACCUCCAUUGGGAAAAAAUCACAGUUUAUAUUUCUUUCGUUUUCCGCAAAAGUGGAUCAGAAGACUCAUACACAUGAAGACAUCUGAUAAAACAUUAAGAACUUCUGGUGAAAGGAUGGACACCCAGAGCCAGGUUGUGGACAGGUUGCGUUUAGCGUUUCGUUCAGGCAUCACAAUACCAGAGCAGUUUCGUCGAACUCAGCUGACCAAGCUUAUGUCUAUGAUCAAAGAUAAUGAGGAACUGAUUGUAAAUGCACUGCACAAAGACCUUGCAAAGCCAAAAUUUGAGGCCAUCAUGUCCGAGGUCGACAUAGUGAUCAAUGACCUGCACUACGCCCUCGCUAACUUCACAAGGUGGAUGCAGCCAGAAUAUGUCAGCAAAAACCUGGCCACAAAGCUAGAUAACUGCUUUGUACGGAGGGAACCAUUAGGAGUUGUGUUAAUCAUUGGGGCGUGGAACUACCCCCUGCAACUCCUUAUCUUACCUAUGGUUGGAGCCAUUGCUGCAGGAAACUGUGUGGUCAUCAAGCCUUCAGAGGUUAGCGCCGCCACAGACACUCUGAUAGCAGAGCUCAUCCCCAAAUAUUUGUCUCAGGACUGUUAUGCAGUUGUUCGUGGUGGAGCAGAAGAGACCAUGGCACUUCUGCAGAAUCGCUUUGACCACAUCUUCUACACGGGUAACCAGACUGUGGCACGCAAAAUCCUGCAGGCAGCCUCAGUCCACCUGACCCCAGUGACCUUGGAGCUGGGUGGCAAGUGUCCGUGCUUCAUAUUCGGAAAGGUGGAUGUCUCAGCUGCUGCUCACCGCUUGGUGUGGGCCAAGUUUUUUAACGUCGGCCAGAGCUGCGUGGCUCCGGACUAUGUGCUGUGCUCACCGGCCACCCGGGACGCCCUGCUGCCUGCGCUUCGCGAGACCCUGGAGGCUUUCUACGGCAAGGAGCCUCAGAACUGUCCUGACCUGUCCCGCAUCGUGUCAACCCGACAAUGGACGCGACUGAUGGAACUGCUAGGGAGGUCCAGUGGCAAGAUUGUUGUGGGAGGAGAGAGCAACCAGGCGGACAAGUACAUAGCUCCCACAGUGGUGGUGGAUGUGGCUGAAGAUGAUGCUCUAAUGGAGGAGGAGAUUUUUGGCCCCAUCCUACCCAUCCUCACUGUAGAGUCUCUGGAAAAAGGCAUUGACUUCAUCAACCGCAAAGAGAAGCCACUGGCCCUCUAUGUUUUCUCUGACGAAUCCUCUGUGGUAAACACAGUGCUUGAAAAGACUAGCAGUGGAGGAUUCUGCUCUAAUGACGGGAUCAUCCACAUGACCCUGCCAACCCUGCCCUUUGGAGGUGUAGGAGCCAGUGGUUGGGGCAAUUACCAUGGCCGCUGGAGCUUUGAGACAUUCAGCCACCAGCGGGCCUGCAUGCUGCGUGGCUGGGCUUUGGAGAGACUCAACGGCCUGCGCUACCCACCUUACGGAGAAGAUAAACUGAGCUGGCUGCGCUGGACCACCUCGUCAAGAGCAGCUGCUCACUCAUGUGAUAACAGGCAGGGGGAAUGUACAGUGUGUGUGUUGUGUGUGAAGAUAGUUGAACUUUUUAUACUUUUAUGCAUUAAUGCGUGAAUGUUGGGAGAAAUUGAUGUGAAAAAAAUCAUUAAAAAAAAAAACUGUUGCUUGUUUGCGUGCUUGUGUAUAUUAACAUACUUCAUGCUAGUGCACUGUUGCAUGCAAGUUGAUCUCCCAAAACAGACCUCUAUGUAAUAAUCUUGCUGUCACUAAUUAUAAUUUUGAUUAUAACUCA